AUGAGGAGGGUGAUUCCCAGCCCGGCCGGCGAGGAGCUGGAGGAAGAGGAGGAGGAUGAAGAGGAGGAGGAGGAGGAGGAAGAUGGAAGGGCCCCGGAAGAAGCUGCCCUCCUCCUUGUGAAGAAACACCUGCAGGACCCAGGGGAGAUGCUGGAUGGGAAGGACAGGCAGCGCUUCCUGCUGGCCAUCAUCAGCCUGACCAUCGCCGCGGACCAGAGCAGAGAGGUGGCUGUGGAGCUGGAGGCCCUGAAAGUGGCUGUGCUGGAGAGGAUCGUGGACCUGAUGGAGACCAUCUCAGUGGAGGCCGACCGAAAACACAUCCUGGCGUACAGCAUAGAUGCCAUCCGCUGCCUCAGCGACCCGAAGCUCAGCCUGGAGCCAGCGCUGGAGUCGCGCCUCCUGCGGGCCGCCGUGGAGAAGAGCUUCCUGGCCAUAGGGCGUGAGACCCGUCGAAACCAGGUCAUGCAGCGGCUGUACGAGGAGUACCUGGAGGGCCUGCUGUGCUGUGUCUUGUCCAGCGCCCCCAGCCUGGGCAAGCUCUACUCCAUCUGGGAGCACUUUACAUCGUGGAUUGAGGCGCCGGAUGCCCAGCACCGUGCACUGGGCAUGAAGAUCAUCACCGACACCAUUGCCUUUGCUGUGCAGCUCCUCCCACAAUUUGAGGGCUCCCCUGACAUACCGGAGGUUGGGGACAUGGCAGCCCGCCGGGGUCUUACCAUCAACGACCCGGAGGAGACCAUCAGCUGCAAGGCCAGGGCGUGCAUGUAUUUGCUCGCUCAAAUCCUCCUUCAUCAGAGGGGCCAAGACAUGCGAGGGGCCGAGGAGCUGCGGUGCAAGCGCCAGAACGAGCAGAGCCAGGUCCAGAAGUACAGGGACCUGGCAAGAGUGGGAGAGGGGCUGAGAAAGAUCUUGCUGGAGGAGCAAAGGAGAGCUUUCCUGCAGAGGGCCCUUCAUGCUGUUCACACUGGACCAAUACACAUCAGCCAAGCUGGACUGGUCUUCCUGUAUGCCAUCCUGGGGGAAGCCAGCCGCUUGAUGGAGCACAAGGAGAAAGAAAUCCCCAUUCGGGUUGUGAACAAGCUCUUCAUUAUCACCUGCCUGAAGGAGCUGCCUCAAGACCUGCAAGGGCACAGCCUGCUGGUCACCUCCUCCAGCGCCCUCGCCUCUCUCCAGCCGCCCACACUUGCUCCUGCAGCAACACCUGCAGACCACCUCAACCCUGAAGGCACCUCCCUGAGUAAAUACGACCUCCCCAACCUCACCGGGAGCCCGGCGACUACAUAGAAAAGCUGCAGCAGCGCCGAAGCCACCACACACAUCACCGACUGACAAGUCAUCAUCCAGUCCGAGCCGUCCUCCACAGCCACUUCAGCCUCUGCACAGAGAAGCAGCCUGAGACACCCUCAGGGUGAAGAACUUGAACAUCUUCUUCCAGCCCGGCCCUGCAAAGAGCUGGGGAAAGACCAGGCACCACGAGUUUGUAGUGCCCAGGUUGCCAAGUGGAGGAUGCUCUUGUUGUGUGGACGGCAUUUUGUGACCCCUGCCUCAGGGCUUUGGCCGGUCGCCGUUUGGGGCCAGGAAGGAAUUUUUUCCCCUUCAUUUACGGAACCAACUUCUGGGGGGUUUUCGCCUUCCUCUGAGGCAUUGGAACAUAGUCAGACCAUCCCGGCGUCUGCUGUGUUAGUAGCCUGCCUUCGAGCCCUUCAUGGGCCAUUCAGGGAGAAGAGAGCAAAGGCACAAAUAAUGUGCAAUGUUGAACAUA